ACGUAUGUUUUGGACAGGGCUCGAGCUGGAGGUGGGCGGGGCGCCUUUUGGCAGGUGGUAGCUGGCAGAAUGGCGGUCGUGGCUGCAGUUCGGAGGUCUCAGAGAGGGCGGCGUCUCUGGCUUGGGAUCCAUAGGAAGGCAAAUCUCCACUGGCAUUUCUCAUCCUUCUUUUCAUCUUCUUCAGUGCCAACAACCAAGCUGUUCAUUGAUGGCAAAUUUGUUGAGUCCAAAAGUAAUGAAUGGAUUGAUAUCCACAACCCAGCCACCAAUGAAGUGGUUGGUUGUGUCCCCAAAACUACCCAAAGUGAGAUGGAAGCAGCAGUGACUUCAUGCAAGAAAUCUUUACAGAGCUGGUCUGACACAUCCAUUCUGAGUCGACAACAGGUCUUCCUCCGCUACCAACAACUCAUCAAGGACAAUCUGAAAGAAAUUUCCAAACUAAUCACCUUGGAGCAAGGGAAGACCCUGGCUGAUGCUGAGGGAGAUGUGUUCCGAGGCCUCCAGGUUGUUGAACAUGCUUGUAGUGUGACGUCCCUUAUGUUGGGUGAGACCCUUCCCUCCAUCACUAAAGAUAUGGACACUUACACCUAUCGUUUGCCUUUGGGAGUGUGUGCAGGCAUUGCACCUUUCAAUUUCCCAGCCAUGAUUCCUCUUUGGAUGUUCCCUAUGGCCAUGGUGUGUGGGAACACUUUCUUGAUGAAGCCUUCAGAGCGUGUGCCAGGAGCCCUCAUGUUCCUUGCCAAGCUGCUGCAGGAUGCUGGAGCCCCUGAUGGAACAUUGAACAUCAUCCAUGGACAACAUGCAGCUGUGAAUUUUAUUUGUGAUCAUCCUGAUAUCAAAGCCAUCAGCUUUGUGGGAUCUAAUCAAGCUGGAGAAUAUAUCUAUGAAAGGGGUUCCAGGAAUGGCAAGAGAGUGCAAGCCAAUAUGGGAGCUAAGAACCAUGGAGUGGUGAUGCCAGAUGCCAACAAGGAGAACACCCUGAAUCAAUUGGUUGGAGCAGCUUUUGGAGCAGCUGGGCAGCGUUGCAUGGCAUUAUCCACAGCGAUCUUGGUGGGAGAGGCUCGAAAUUGGCUGCCAGAACUGGUGGAGAGAGCCAAGAACUUGCGAGUUAAUGCAGGAGACCAACCUGGAGCAGAUCUGGGGCCACUGAUCAGCCCCCAGGCCAAGGAGCGUGUCUAUCAACUGAUUGACAGUGGCACAGAGGAAGGGGCUAGCAUCCUCCUUGAUGGACGAAAUAUCAGAGUGAAAGGUUUUGAAAAUGGCAAUUUUGUUGGACCGACUAUCCUUGCUAAGGUCAAGCCUCAUAUGACCUGCUAUAAGGAAGAAAUCUUUGGACCAGUUCUAGUGGUUCUGGAAGCAGACAAUCUGGAUGAAGCAAUUGGAAUAGUAAAUAAGAAUCCCUAUGGGAAUGGAACAGCAAUCUUUACCACUAACGGUGCCACUGCUCGGAAGUACUCCCAUUUAGUGGAUGUUGGGCAGAUUGGUGUGAAUGUUCCCAUUCCAGUGCCUUUGCCAAUGUUCUCCUUCACUGGCUCUCGAGGGUCCUUCAGAGGAGACACCAAUUUCUAUGGCAAACAGGGUGUGCAGUUCUACACUCAGCUGAAGACAAUCACAUCUCAGUGGAAAGAAGAAGAUGCUACUGUGAUCAAGCCUGCUGUAGUUAUGCCAACCAUGGGGAACUAAAGCACUGUGUUAAACUUGCUGGAGAUGCUAAUGAAAGUAUUCUUCACCUACUGUGAUGCAGGCUACUCUUGGAUGUUGCCUGUUGCCAUUAUUGCCCUAGAAAUACAGAGAUGGCUUCAUUUCAGGAUCUGCAUUUCAAAUCAAAUUGGCCAGGGUCCUUUAACACAAAAUUUAGAUUUUUCAUCUAUAUGUCUGCUAACCAAGGUAUUUUUUUCUUCUAGAGAAAAUAAUAUAUUGUGAAUAGUUGGACAAAAGGAGUAUCACCUUCUUUUGUCUGACUCGUGCAAUAGGGUUGAAAAUCCAAAUUCUAUUUUUCUUGGAAUGUUAGUUUUUAAGAACCAAUUACUGCAGUUGCUGCUAUUGCUCUGUUCACAGCUGGUGCGUCCUGUUGCUGUAAGGAUAUAACUCUGUCCCCCCACCUCCAACAAAACUUUGGAUACUUCAGAGAAGCAGAUUUAUCAUAGCAGGACUGACUAGUAAAUUUUGCGAGAGGCAAAUCUGACUGGCCCUUAAUUUUAAUGAGUAGUUCCCAAAAAUCUCACACAUAGGGAUAAAAAGCAUGGUCUUGUAAAGAGACAGUGAACCCUUACCAUGGGGAACUUUAGUUCCCAUCAUGCAUGUAAGCAACUUGCAAGCAAUUUUAAAAUGGACAAAUUUUCUACCUUAACACUGCAAUGUGCCUACAUACCAUUUAUGCACUAAAUAUUUUUGGGAUCAGAUUGUGUGUGAUUUUUGUAUCUGGGAGUGCUAGACUAUUACAGCAUCAAAAAGGAAAUGAACAUUGCAAAGAGGCAAUAGGUUCUAUCAAUAUGGUUUGCACCAGAGUAAAUAGAGAACUGUAGGAAUCUAGCACUACUGACAGGCAUGUUUACCAUCCUACAUACAGGGGAUACAGACAACUGAAGAUGACAUCUUGGAUUACAGAGUACAGUGUGGUGUGCACAGGUUAGCUAUGAGGGAGGCAGACAUGGGAUGAGGAUGGAUAAAGGAUAUAAUGAUGCUACUUUGUUUUGCUUCAUAGAGAUUUUAGUGGAGUUAAAAAAAAUCUUGUGAAUGGUGUUUCAUUCUUAGGAAAUCAUGCUGUGAUUCUUUUUGGCACCUAACGAAACAAAUUGGACUCAUUUUAUAUGCUGUCUUUUGUAACUAGCAAGUGCUUAAACUAAACAUAAUAGAUAGUUCAAUUGGUUAUUCAUCUGUAUGUUAUGUCUUAGAUUGUUAAUCAUGAAUAAAUAGCUAUUACAUUCAGAAUUCUGGUUUUCUUCAGGAUAACAAUUCAACAGCGUCAAUCCACCUGAACCCAUUGACUUUGGCAUGCUAAACUGUCUUGUAGUGAGGUCAAAAUAUUUUCCCCACUCUAAUUCUUUCACAAAGUUUGGUGUUAUUAAAAUGGGCUUUGAACAACA